UAAUAAUUAGUAUUUUAUAGCUAUUGUUAGAAAUAAUUGAUAAAAAACUAUUUUAGCUUGUUAAUUCAUAAAGAAUUAUAUUUAAUGAGUUAAAAGAAUAUAUAGUAGGGCUUGUAGAAUAAGCUAAAAAGCUACUCUUAUUAGCCAAAGCCAUUCAAAGAUGUCUUCAAUUAAUACUUUACUUAAGAGGUAAAAUAGAAGGUGCAAUAAAUUAUAGAAAAUUAAAAUUCAUUACUUCCACCACAUGAGUAGAUCAAUUAUUAUAGUUAGGAUAUAAAGGAUAACUAAACUGAUUUAGAAUAUGGCAGCAAUGAAUUGGAAAAUAAGCAAGUUGAUUCAAAGUAAGUUAAUAACUUUAAGCAAUUGUCGAGUUUACGCCUUCCUUAAUUAUAGACAGGCUUCAUUUGUUUUUUGAAAGGUUUAUUUUAUGAGACAGGAUUCUUAAAUAACUAUGAGCCUAAUUAUACUAAAGCUCUCUAUGCUUAUUAAGAAGGAUUCAAGAUUUAAAUAGAUUCUUUGUGCUCUUUAAAAUUGGCUGAAAUAUAUUCUAAUAAAAAUCUCGCCUAAAAAUUUGGUUUCAAAUCUAAUUAAGAAAUAGCUUAUGGAUAUCUCACUAUUGCCAAUGCUUAUUUAGAUGUCUAAUAUGAUAGUAAUUUAUUCAACCUUUCAAAAGAUGUAGAAUAAAUUGCAUAAAAGUUUUCUGAUUAGCAUCAGUUUGCGAUUGAUAACAUUAUCAACAACUAAAAAGUAAUAUUUUAAUCAUUCACUGAAAAAGAAAUAUCUGAGGAAAUAGAAUAAAUAAAUGUUUUUUUGAAUUUUAAAUAUUCUACUUAAUAAGACAGCCAGUAGUAUUAUAGUGCUAUGCUGAAUUAUUUAGGAGGUAGAAAUAAAAAGGCAGACUCUCUUUUACUAAUAAUUAAGAUUUUGAGUAACUAAACUCAUAACGAAAAUAAAUUAGUUAAAAAUUUAAUAGAAUUAGCAAAAAAAUUUUCUCUAUAAGACAUACAUUAAGUUCUUUAAUAUAUUUUGUCUGAAUCAGUUCUAUUUUCUGUUUUGGAAAGAGAUCACGAUGUAUUUAAUUGUCUAAGAACUACUUUUAUUGAAAUGUUCAAUCUCCUCAAAAUCAUUUCAUAUGAAACUCAUCUACUAAUACCUUAUAGCACAUUUGAGUCAAAUAAUCAAAAUGGCUAUAACACCAUACACUCAAAAAUUAACUAAAUAUCAGAAAUUUUAUUUACUAAAAAACACAUCUUCAAAAAUCUUCUCCAUAAUACCCUAAUAAUUAGAUUAAGAACAGAAGUAAUACAAAAAGGAAUAGGAACAAAGUAAAGCAUAUAAGAUGCAAUUAAAACUUUAGAUGAGGAAAAAGAACUUAAAAAAGGGCAAUAGUGUUUAUUUGCUUUUUAUCACUACAAGAAGGCUAAACUUCUCCAAAAAUUAAAUGCUUAGGAAAAUAGUUUGGACAUACAAAAGAAUUUUGAAUUAAGCUUGCAAUAUUUUUAGGAACGCAUACAAUCACCUGAUCUUACUAUCUAAGUACUAAGCAGUUAUUAUAUAGGCAGAAUCUAUUCUUCAAGUUAAAUAGAAGGACACUAAGCACACUAGCAAUUUAAGUAGACAAUAGAUUACUUUAAAUAAAAUGACAAAAAAUUUAACUAAGUGAAAACGUUUUAAUUUGAAAUUUUGCAAAUAAAAUCUCAAAAAUAAUUAGAUAACUUAGAUUUAUCCAAAAUUAUAGAAACAAGGAUAUCUCAUUAGUCUUAAAAAAUAUUUAACUUUGACGAUGGAGUAACUCUUUAGUUAAAAGUUGAGCUAGUAUCAAAAUAAAGCAAUUUCAUUUUUUAUGACGAGUCUGUUUUCGACAUAUUACAAUUCAUAGCUAAACGAGAAAUAGGAUCAACAAGUAUAGCAAAGAUAAAUUAUAAUCUUUUAGAUGAAAAAGAAAACAUCAUACUUUAGACUUAAAAUAACUUUGCUUAUCCUUCAACUCUUUCAAGUAAGAUAAAAGAAAGGGUAAUAAUAAAAUAAAUACCAUUUAAUAAAAACAAUUAUUUUGAUAAAAUAUUUCAUCACUUAGCAAAAAUACAAAGGCUAAUAAAUGGAGAAGGCCUGCUACAACAAAAGGGUUUUUGCAUAAAGCAAAUAAGCGAUAUUGCAUUUGAACUAUGGAUUGUUUAUCCUUAGCUUGAAUAUAACCUUUAUGCUGUAUUAAAAUAAAACUUAUUAAUAAUGGAAAAAUAAAAAAUUAUUUUUGCUUAGUAAAUAUCAUAAACUAUUAAAAAUUUACAUGAGAAUAACUCUUAUCAUGGGAAUUUGAAACCUAGUAAUAUACUAAUGGAUGCAACUCAUAAGGCUUACUUAAGUGAUUGGGAAUUUAGUAGUAAAAUGUAUCAUAAAGAUAAGAUAAGUUAAAGUAUGAUUCUUAAAUCUUAAAGUGAAAAGGCUCAAAUUUCUCCUAAUAUUGAAGAUGAUGAUAGCAUUGAUAAAAAUCCUCUGUACAGUUUUGGAUAUAUAGCUCCUGAGAUUUUCUAAAAUCCAUAAAAAGCAAAGUUUUAAGGAGCAGCUGCUGAUGUAUAUAGUCUUGGAAUGAUAUUUUAUUUUUUAUUUACAAGCUAAGAUCCAAGUUUUUGUGGAAUAGUUUAAGAGCAACAGCUAUACAAUAAUAACGAUUUGAAAAUAUCUAGAGAGCGCAUUAAAAAUGAUAGAUUAAGAGAAUUAAUCUAAAAUAUGGUAAAGUUCGAUCCUUAUAAAAGAUGUUCAAUCUAAAAUACUUGUGAAAAUUUAAAUCAUUUAUUAGAAAAUGAUAAAGGUUAACAAAAUGAUAUUUUAGUCGAUGCUGAUAUAUGAAAUUUGAUUCUUUUAAUAAACUUGUAGUUAAUAUUACUAUUAUAUUAAUAUGUAAAUAAAAUUAUUAAACUAGAACUAGAACUAUAUAAAAUUUGUAGUUAGUUAAUUUACAUUUUUGU